AUUUUAUAAAAAAUGAAGCAGAAGGCGAAUCAGAUGCAAGUUCAGUCUGAUCAUUCAGUCUUUGAGAGAGAGGAUCCUCGUGCACAGAGAAGUUCAGGUAUUAUUGAACAUCAAUCAAAUGAGAGUUUACCAGUUAAAGAAAUUCCGCGGAAUUUUGAUAAACUUCCCAAUUCCCACAAUACAAGAUCAGAAAAGUCUGAUGUUGAAGUAAAUAUGCAAAUGGCUCUAAAUAAAGAAGACAAGAAAGAUUCUUUGGAUAUGCCAAGUUCGAUAGACAGCUCUAAAACUAUCAAUCUUUCAUCUAAAACGUCUUGAAAGCAAACACAUGGACCUUGGAACAUAAAUCCAUGGGCAGAGCAAACAAGAAAAGGUAAAUCUCCAAGCCAGGAUAAGAGUGAGGCAUCAUGCACAAUUAGUGAAAAAGAUGAUCGCAAACCUAGUAGAGUCCACCCAUUUGGAGUAGAUGUGGAUGCAGAUAUAGCACAUUUUAGAGAAACUAUCUCCAAGAAUAGCUUUGACACUAUUGAUCAAGAAGAACACAAGGAGGAGGAUUCAGUCAAUCCUGUUACGAAGGGAUAUGAAAGUUCUCCCUCUUCAAGUAAAUGUCGAUCCAAUCAAGCUGACAUGUACUAUUCCACCAUUUGGGGCAGAUCUGAGUACAUCAUGAUAGAACUUAAUGUACAGCAGAAGUAUAUAGACUUCCAGAACGAAGUGUACUCAAAUGAUAAAGGAAAUGGGAGUAAUAAUAUAUACUUGCCAGCAUCUCGCAAGUUUGAAUGCUAUAGAAAUGGUUAUUAUGCAUGGUAUAGAAACAAAUUUCUCAGAAUUCCUGAUAAGAAUCAAAUUUCAAUUGAAUCAGAGAGAUUAAAAGAUCUUGGAGUUUUCUUAUCACAAACUUUUCCAAGAAGAGUGCAAAACUGAUGAUUAUAUUAUCCACUUGAUGAUUGCCUUCCUCCCAACAAUAUUUUGCCUCAGAUCUUGAGAUUUAGCUUUUCAGUUAAAAAGGAAAUAAGUUUUUGUGGAUUCCAGUUCAAUGAAAAACAUCUCAAAAGAUUUCUUGCAGCUUUCAGACAUGUUGAAACUGUAGAGUUCGAUCAUUGCUCUCUCUUAGUUCCAAGAGUUCCAGAUCUUUCGUUAGCUCUCAAGGGCUCUAAGAUCAGAGCUUUAGAGUUCAUAUGUAAUUCUUUCACAAGAGAAUGCAAUUACUCGAUCGAUAUUAAUAAGCUGGAGAACUUGAUUGAAGGGUUAGGCACUUCUCCUGAUCUCAAGGAAAGUUUGCAAAAGUUUCACUUUCAAGAUUGAGGAUUAGAUGAAGAAAUGCAAGAAGAGUAUCAAAAAACAAUAGAAAAGGACAUUCCAAACCUAUUAAAAGAAUCUGAAACAAAGUUUGGAGUUAAUUAUGCCAACAUAAUGAUAUCAGAAGGGGAGAGUAAACUGAAAGAAAGUGUUAGCAAAGGAAUCUUUCUCAAAUUUAUGACAAAUUUGCUCAGAAUUAAUGGAUUGGAACAUACAAAAGUUAUUACUGGAAGUCAUCCUUAUUAA